AUGAAACUCCUUCUCCAAAGUGCUGUGACAUACCUGUUAUUUGCCGAAGCGGUAGCUUUCGCGCCUGCCUCCAGGUAUGGAUAUACCGCCUCAUCAUUUGCUUUGGAAGCUGCGAAAGAAUCCAACAAUCACCUUGGAAAUUCCAUCAAGGCUUUCGGUGUCGCGGCAACAAUUUUUGCCUUCAAUCUUGCUACCCCCAGCAACGUUGAGGCUCAAGAUGUAUUUGGUGGAUCCUCUUUGCAAGUUGCUGAAACAAUCAAGACCAUGGAGUUCUCACUUCCGUCAUCCUACGACGCCAUCUCUGACGUCAAGAAGUCAAGCGUUGACGAGUUGUCACAAGAAGAGAAUCUCCUGACUGGAACUGUGGUCAAGAAGGUGCCCAAGGCAGCCACAGAGCGAAUGACCGUGUCGCCAAAGUUGACUGAUGAAGAGAAGAAGGCAAUUGAGGCUCAAAAGAAGGCAGACAAAGAAGCAGCAGCUGCUGCAAAGGCUGCUUCAGAUGCGGAGAAAAAGGCAGAACGAGAGAUAGCUGCCAAGGAAAAGGCCGUGGCAAAGGCAGCAGCCGAUAAGGAAAAGGCUGCAACCAAAAAGGCGCAAUCCGAGGCAAAGGCCAGAGCGGAGGCUGCCAAGGAGGAAGCCGCCAAGGCGAAGCAAUUCAGUGAUGUCGAGUUUGUUGAUACUGGACUCCCAUCAUACGGUGACUCUGCCAAGAUGAGAGGAAAGAGUGCCUUCUCAAUCUAA